GCCACAUUUUGGCCGUGAAAGCCCAACCCGGCAUGUUCCUAACAGAGCAGGGCGAGGCUGGUUAGGGUUUUGGGGCACCGUUCCGAUUGCGCCUCUUACAAGGUUCUUGUUCCAGCUUCUUUCUAAGUCCUACCUCACCGCUCUAGAUGACGACGAUCGUGCCGACAUCAGAGGACAAUCCUGUAAUCUCUGUCGUGCGCGUCACGUCUGAGCUCGCUUGGGCCGAUGCAGGUCUGGAGGUGGCAGAACCUCAAGUGGCCAGGCUAUGCAUUGAAGCCCAAGAAUGCAUAAUGAUGGGUAGGUGGGUAGAUCUGGCAUCUCUCAUGCUUACUUCGGCUGAACUGAUUACUUCGAAAGUCUCUGAGAAAGAUUUUGAGUGCAUCUUUACUGUUAUAUGUUCCCUUGCAACAAGAGCUGGUAGUCCAGAUGAAGCAUUGGAGAUUGCAAAACUUAUUUCAACUAAGAUUAUCCAGCAACCAAGUGACAAAACUGCUUUACGCUUGAAGAUUUUGUUCAAUCUGUACAAUCUAUUGGAGGACCCUUACAACAGGUUCUUUGUUUACACAAAGGCAUUAAAUUUGGCAGCCAAUGGAAAGAUGAUUGAGAGCAUCAUUCCUUCAUUGAAAAUGAUAGAUAGUUUUCUACAAGAAUGGAAUAUCGAAAAAGAGGACCAGAGAGAUCUUUUUUUGACUAUCUCAAACAUUUUGAAGGAUAAUAAAAGUAUGAGUAAAGAAUCCUUCAUCUUUCUAUCCAAGUACUUAACUACCUUUUCUAUGGAGGAAGCUUUUUUAAUGAAUGAGGAAAAAGAGGAAGCUGUCCGAGCUAUAAUAGAGUUUGUAAAGUCUCCUGACAUGUUCCAGUGCGACCUACCAGGUAUGCCUGCCAUUUCUCAAUUGGAGAAAGAUGAGAAGUAUGCUUUGGUUUAUCAGCUAUUAGAGAUUUUUCUCAACAGUAGGCUUGAUCGCUACUUGGAUUUCCAUGCUCGAAAUUCAGCCUUACUUAAAAGCUAUGGUCUGGUCCAUGAGGAGUGCAUCACAAAGAUGAGAUUGUUGUCCCUGAUAGAUUUGAGUUGUAAUGAGUCUGGUGAAAUUCCUUAUGCAAAAGUGACGGAGGCUCUUCAGAUCAGAGAUGAUGAGGUAGAGUACUGGGUUGUUAAAGCAAUAAUGUCGAAAGUUCUUGACUGUAAGAUGGAUCAAAUGAAUCAAGUUGUAAUUGUUAGUCGGCGUACUGAGCGGGUAUUUGGCCUGUCACAGUGGCAAGGACUUCGAUCCAAACUAGUGAAUUGGAGGGCUAAUAUUGCAACUGCAAUCAGCACUAUCCAAUCUAGCAAAGUAGCUGAUGAGGGUGUUCAAGCCGUGCAGGAAGGUGUAAUGACUCGAUGAAUGACAUCCACCAAUCACAGCGUUUUUAAUUUUUUUCAGAUAUUAGGGUUUGCAAACUGAGCUUUGUAAUCUGUUGUCAGCAUUAAGUCUAGGCUUGAAUCUGAGAACAAUUUUAGUGUUAUUUUAUUUCUUUUUAUUUUUAAAAUUUUUGGGAGAACUUGUUUUUAUGAAUAUCGAUCUUUUCAUUUUUUUA